GACAAACACUGGCAUUUAGCCGAUGCACUAAACUCAGAUAUACUCAAGUAUAUCUUUUUUGACAUUAAGUGCCGCCGAGUGACUUUUGUCAUCGUCGAUUCGCGCUUCAGGAUUUCCAUCAAGUGAACUGACAUGAAUGAAUUUCGUGAGAUCAGAAGUGAAACGUUUGAAUGAACAUAGUUUGAAGAUGAGUAGUAUGAAUUAUUUCCAUGUAAUUUUGUGAUGGCUUCCUCAACCGAGAGACCCCACAUUUCAGGAGCAGAGGAGAAGCAAACUGUAAAGGCCCGGCUCCUGUCUUCACAGAUACUUCUGGUGGAUGCUCUUUAUCACCUGGGCCCUCUGCUAGACUGUGUUAUAUCUGUAGGUCUGCUCUCUAGAGAAAACUGUUAUGAAAUUGAAGCUGAACGAACGCCACCCAACAAAGUCCGAAAGCUUCUAGAGAUUGUUGACGCUCAGAUGGAUGAAAGUGGAGCCUCUAGUUUCAUGGAGUGUCUGAGAAAAUGCAAGAAACAUUACCCGCGUCUACGAACCUGGUUGACCUCAGAAGAAGAUCACUUCCAACCACCAGGCAUUACGCAAGGUCCAACAGAACGUCAACUACAGGCCCAGUUUAAUGUUUUGUGCUCACGCUUGGGCCUUUCUGUACUGCCGGUCUCCUUCGAUCUCUUCUCCAGAGGCAUUCUGACUCAGUUGGAGCUGGAGAAAAUCCAAGCAAUACUCAUCCCAACACAGCAAGCACAAACCCUGCUGUCCAUCUGCCUGAAGAAAGGAGAAAAAACAUGCAAGAGCUUUUACACAGCGCUAAAGAAUGAAGACGAGCAGCUAGCUGAGGAACUCAAUGUGAACAGUUUGGUGGAAGAUCUUAAUAAAGAACCUGAAGGCAGCAUUGUGCCGAUAGCAGUGGAGGAAACCAGAGGUCACUUGAGGGCUUUACCUCUGUCAGGAAGCCUGCAGCAGGUCAUGACUCGGCUGGGCUUGACUGUGGGGGAUGAGAUUAGGUUUAAUGUCUGUGAGGUUGGUGUGGCGGUAGGUUUGCCGCGUCGGACGGUCAGAGAGUAUUUUCUGGAAGGGGUUGGCAUUGAAGACUCAGCCCAGCUGGAGGCUCUAGUGUCCCUAUAUAUAGAGAAGACAAAGGACGCUGACAGACUACUGAGCAGAGUGGCAGAACUCAGCCCUCGGUGGGUCCAGCUUUCAGAGAGGGGGUGCAUUUAA